AUGACGAAUUCAAAAGAAGAUGGAACAGAAAAGUCCUCAGUACAAGUCGGUCAGUAUUAUCAAUAUGAGGGACGCGCCGUAAGAAUACGGCCAAUGACAAAUGGAGAUGCGGCAGCCUUACCCACACGAUUUCAACGUCAGGUAAUAUCCGUGAUGCCACCGAAUUCGGUGGUCGUGCAAUCAGAAAAGAAACUGGCAUUCAGCUAUGAUCAUGUAUUCGGCCCGGAAUCCUCACAACAAGAUAUUUACGAUAAGGCUAUUGUAAAGUUGGUUGAUAAGUUUCUGGAAGGUGAUUAUUUGGUUUCAGGUUAUAAUGUUACGGUUCUGGCCUACGGACAGACUUCAUCCGGGAAAACUCACACCAUGGGCACGGCUGACAAUUCAUCUAUACCGCUUGAAUCCAAGGGAAUAAUACCUCGAGCGAUGGCCACGCUCUUCAAUAAAACCAACGAACCAAGAUAUCGUUCAAAUAAAUUCUCAAUAAAAGUGUCGUUCAUCGAAAUUUACAACGAAGAUUUGAUCGAUCUGCUUGGUGAUGGUGAUACUCGAUCGCAGGUCACCAUAAGAGAGGAUCUGAAAGGAAACAUCCUGUGGAGUGGUCUACAGGAGAUCAAGGUUAACGGAGUUGAUGAAUUAAUGAGUCAUCUGUCAAGGGGCUCCCAAAAUCGUCAGGUGGGUGCUACACAGAUGAACGCGCAAUCCUCGAGAUCUCACGCGAUAUUCAGUGUGACGAUGACACAGCAAAAGUAUGUCACAUCCUCAAAUUCAUCAUCGCCAUCACCACCUCCAUCAAAAAUGGCCGAGUUAGCAAAGUCCGGACUUCGACCUGUUUCAAGCACAAGUCGACUGAACAAACAAUUUGACGAGGGAUCUGGCGAAUCUAUUAUGGUCACGAGUAAAUUCCACUUCGUGGACUUGGCUGGCAGCGAGAGACUAAAGCGAACAUCCGCGGUAGGAGAUCGUGCGAAGGAGGGUAUAUCCAUCAAUUCCGGUCUUUUGGCCCUCGGAAAUGUAAUUUCUGCGUUGGGUGAUCCGAACAAGGCAAAACACACGACUCACAUACCUUAUCGCGACUCGAAGCUCACCAGACUAUUGCAGGACUCCUUGGGAGGAAAUGCGCAAACUCUAAUGAUAGCAUGUGUUUCACCUUCGGAAUACAACCUGAAUGAAACGGUGAACACGCUAAAGUACGCCAACAGAGCAAGGAACAUUAAAAACAGUGCGGUCGUGAAUCAGGAAGAAGCUGGGUGGCAGGACUUGGAGUAUGUACAGUCGUUGGUUGUUAAACUGAGGAAUGAGGUUAAGUUGUUGAAGAGCGGAGGUGCCUUGACGUUGGCUACGUCCAACGGAUCGACAAGUGGUAGAAGUAGCGCGUGCGGAUCGAGUAGCUCGGGAAGAAACACCCCCACGCAAUUGACUACCAAUAAUUCCCUUGACCAUUCAUCGUUAUUACUUGCUCCCAACAAUGCUAACGGUGUCGCAUCUCACAGCCUAUUAAAGAAACCUUCCAUCCAUUUAUCGGCAUCAAUAAACGGUACAUCAACUCAAGAGCCAAUUGUAAAUGAUGAUGAUGAUGACAAUUUUAGCCAAAAAUUCGUUCAAAUGUCAAUAUCUAAUUCUAAUGGAAUUCACAGAAGUGCCAAGGUGGAUGAUGGUGACGAAGCGUCUUCAAGUCCUCCACCUGUGGCCAAUGACAAAUCAAGGUUCAUGUUACAAAAUCAGAGUUUUCAGGAAGUCGUGGAACCGGUCAUAGAAGAAUACGAAAAGUCCAUAUCUGCACUUGAAAGUCAACUCGCCCUAAGCCGUGCGGCCUUGGCCCACGCGGACUCGUUGAUGUCUGAUCGAGAGUCGAGGCUUGAGUACGCGGAACAACUUAAUUCUGACAACCUGAGACUAAUCGACGAACUAAAAAUGAAAAUUUCGGAACUCUCAAAUAAAGACGGCAUAUUUAUGCAACACAUCAAGGAACUCGAAUCAAAAAUUGAGAUGUACGAAGAGGAACAAAAAAAGGAUCAGGAAAUCAUAAAAGAGUUACGAGAAUGCGUUAAAAAGUUGAAGGAGGAAGAAGAUAGGUUGAGGGCCAACGAAGAACAUUACCGAAAGCAGGAAGAGAUCAACGAGGAUAGGAUAAAAGCAUUGGAGAGUCAAUUAGUAGAAAGCGACCAAAAGAUCUUGGAAUUCAGUAAGAGAGUCGAGAAGUUGGAAAUCAGAUUAAAGGAGCGAGGUGACUUGUUCCUCGAGCUGGAAAAGAAAUUAAUGUGCGGAGAUGGUUCUGAUGGUGAAAAGGACAAGAAAUUUUUACUGAACGAGAUAUUGGAACGUGAAAACAGAAUAGCCUUGCUUGAAGAGCGCGUCAAUGAACUAGUCCUCGGGCUUGAUGAGAUUAAAAGAUCAAAGUUGCACGAAGAUAAAGCAUCUGGUCCUCUUGAACUACUAAAGACGGAAGAGGAUCAAGGAAACACAGAAGGCGCAGAAGAUUUGCACACAAAAUUAUCCGAGCUCCAACAAACGCAUGAGAAAACUGUUACUGAAUUUUCUCAAAUCAAAUCCAAGUACCGAGAAUGUCUCGGAGAGUUGCAAGAUAUAAAAAUGCAAUUAUCUCAGUCCAAGUUAAACGAAGCAAGAUUGAUGAUGAAUAACAAUUACAACGACUCAGCUGAAGACUUACCGUCAACACCUAUAACUCCAAUUUCACCUUCGAGCACGUUGAUGUUGAACUCGCCGACAAGAUUCUCACCGUUCGUCGCGACAAUCGCUCCCGUCAGAGCUUCUCUGCCAGCCACAAUGAGAUUCGAUGAGCUCUCUAAAGAUGAAGAUAGUGAAGAGUAUAAUUCUCUCAAACAAGAAAUCCAUAGGAAAACUCAAUCGCUCUCCGGAGAGUUAAGAAGACGAGAAAGAGACAGCGCAGCAGUAAUGGAUGAAGGCAUAAUAAAUUCGACGCAGAAAUCGGUUGACACGCUUGAAAUGAAACUCGCGGCACUGCAACAGGAACUUGCCAUUCGUAGCGAAUUUUCUAGCAAUUCCAGCACGUCAGAUUCCAGCAGCGAUGGAAACUCGGACAGCAUGGAUGGCGUUCAAAAUGAUAAUUCGAGUAACAAGGAAUCGUUAAUGCAGGAUUUAAAGACUCAACUAGAAUUUUUGAAAGAUCUCAAGCUCAAGUAUGAACGUUAUGAACAAUUAAAAAGAGAUGUUGUAGAACAAGAAGAUUUGCAAAAGAGAAUUGAAGAUAAAGAGGCGGAGGCGGAGGAUUACAGAAAACAACUUGCUGAAAUUAAAAGUCAACGAGACGAAAUGCAAGUACAAAUUUAUGAUUUGCAAGCUCAGCUGACAAAUAAAUCAAGCGCUGAAGGAGAGCUGCAAACACAAGAAUUAGAGAAUACAAGAGCGGAACUAGAAAAAAUUAGAAUUAACGAACAAUCUGCAUUAGAAAAGAUACGAACACUUGAUGAAAGGGAGGCGGGAUUGAUACGGGAAUUAGAAAAUUUACGAACAAUUGAAUCAGAAUAUAAGGAAAAAAUUAGUUUAUUAGAAUCCAAAAUAUCUGCACAAAGUGACGCUGGCACGUAUGAUAAUGACCAAUUGCAAGAUUUGUUCAAAAUAAGGCGAGAGUUGACUCUAGCAAGGGAAUCUUCGGAUGUUUACAAACAGACAAUUAAUGACCUUGAAAUUAAGUUGGAAAAGUCAAAUUUGGAGUAUUUGACAUUAAGAAACAAGGUAGACCUGCUAAAAUCGAGGAUGAAGAGUCAAAGAUCAGAAAUAGAAUUUCGAGAAAUUAAGGAUACCGAAACGAGGCAGCAAAUGCUUAUUAGUAAGGAGUUGGAGAGUCUGCGGUCCCUGGACACUUACAUACAACAACAACACGAAAGCAAAAUCUCUGACCUUGAAAAUGAAGUGCGGUCCCUUCAACAACAGAAAUCCGAUGCUGACAUUAAUUUUAACACGGUGACAUAUAAGCUCAAUGCCGAGAUCAAAGAGUUGGAAUUUAAAAUUUUGGAAUCACAAAAAGAAUCUGAAAAUUUAAGGUCCGAAAUCAAACUUUUGCAAAAUAUGGAGUUGGAACAAAAAACAAUAAUAAAACAAUUACGAUCGGAGCUUAAUGAUUCUACAAAUGCAAAUCACAUUCUUGAAAUCGAAUUGUCGAGUUUGAAAAAAUCAGCCGAAGAGCAGAAAGAUUACGUUGAACUCUUGAAAGAGGAGUUGAAAAGCGUUAGGUCUAAUGAUAGUACCGAGGGUCUCACGAAUUUGUUGUCUAAUGCUAUGAAAGAACGAGACCAGGAUAAACAAAAAAUCCAAGACUUAAGUUUGGAGCUUUUGCUAAUGAAGGAAAAAAUGCGAAACAUCGAGUCUACGAAACUCGCCGAGGCCAAUCUAGAAAUAAAUGAGCUCAAGAAAAAAUGCGCGCAGUUAGAAGGGUUAGCAGAAGAAGCCAAGAAUGAACUUUCAGAACUUGGCAAGAGAAACUCGGAAAUGACAGAACGACUUUCGGUGCAACUUGAGAAAGCGCAGAGUGAGGCAAAAUCCAAUCACGAUCGAGUUGAAUCAUUGGAAGAAAUUAACCGACAGCUUAAAGCCGAAAACGAAUUACAACUAACCGCCAACGAAGAACUUGCAACCCAAAUCAAGAAUAUUCAAGCUGAUCUUGAAAACUUGGUAUUGGUUUAUGCCGAGACCACAAAAAAAUGUGAAUUGGCAGACUUGAACGCGAGUGAACAGAAACUUCGUAUUAGUGAGUUGGAGCGCGAACUCGACGAAGUAAAUAAAAGAAAUGUGAUGAUUUCGGCAUCGAUGGAUACAACAAACUCGAAAUUGGAAGGUUUGACAUCUGCAAACGAGAAUUUACAACAAGUUAACAAUGAUCUAAAGACAAAAGUUAACGAAGCUGAAGAAGAAUCCGCGUUGUUAAGUCAAGAAAUUGAGACUUUGAAGAGUGAACUUGAAAAACUAGAAAUCACAAAUAACUCUACAAUAGAUGAAUUGAAAGGCAAGAUUUCGUUUCUCGAAUCGGAAAAGGGAGACCUCGUCGAAGAGAAAAAGAAACUUGAGAAACGUUUGCUUGAAGAACCAUCUCGACGUCGACGCCCCUCAUUCGGGAUGGCUUCCGUCGCUGAGAAUGAACCUUCCGAUCGACUCAGAUUAUCGGUUAGCUCGCAAUUAUCGGUGUCUUCGGAUUCCAAAAGAGCACGACCAAACGUGUCAAUCGUGGCGGCAAACCUUGCUAAAACUCCACCACCAAAUCCACCACCAAAUCAGCCUUUGCCACCAACUCCCGGAUCUGCUACACCUACAUCCGGAUUGCCCGUGUUAAAUUCAUCAAAGAUACCUCGAUCGAGACCUAAUUCCUUUGUGGAGUCUCCAAGCACUCCAUCUGAUAUUAGUUCAGAAGUUCAAAAACUUAACCGAAAGAUCGCCAAGAUUGAAAGCGAUAACAUGUCAAAGAGCAUACUCAUCGAUUCUCUCGAGGAUGAACUGACAAAGAGUGAAAAGACCAUUGAAUCUUCAAAUACGCUAAUUGAAACUCUGAAAAAUGAAAAAUCCGAACUCAUGGAUCAAAUAAAUUAUUUGCGCUCUCGGUUGGACGAAACAACGGUUGAAUUUGAACACGAGAAAUCCAAUGUCUAUGAAGAAAAGAAGGUCAUCGAGAGUGUCUUGGAAGAGGAAAGAAGAGCAAAACUGGAGCUUGAAACCCGUAUGGAAGAACUUAUGGCAAAGAAAAGGUCCUUCCUUCAUCCUCUUAUGAAACCCUUUAUCCAUCGAACCAAGUCGAUUUCAAGACCUGAAAAUUCGUCAUGA